AUGACGACAUACUUCGUAGUGCUCUACUUAUCUCCGUCUUGGGAAAAAAUCUACAUCCACUCGUGUACACUAGGUACAAUCGGAAAAGGUCUAAUUAUUUUGGGCGCCAUAACCAGCGUCAUCAUCUGGUUUAUUUACAUCUUAAAACAAAGUGUUCUCGUGAGCAUAGCUAAUGAGAUUUACCGAGUGAACAAUGAUCUAAAAAGGUGCAAGCACUAUAAACUGAAGACCAAUUACUUUCCUUAUUUUAUUUUUAUCGGAAAUUUUAUUCUGUGCUUUUUUAUAAUGCUAGUUGGAAUAGUCACUCAUCAAUAUGUAUCAGUUCCAUUUUGGAGCACACCGUGUAUUUUGAUUAGUUGGGUUAUAAUCCAGUACACAAUAACACUGAUUGUAAUCAACCAAAAUAUUGCUUGUUUAAAUGAAAUGCUUCUAAAGCUGGGAAAUGUCGAUACUAAGAUUAAAUUUCAGAAAUUAUUUGUUACUAAAUUUCCUCUUCGUGAAGCAAUCAUUCUAGAUAUAAUGAACAUUAAUCAUGCUAACAAGAAACUGUGCAAAAUAUGCAAUGAUGUCGCUAAUUUCUUCACAAUUCCUAUUUUAUCGGCAAUUAUAUAUUUUGCUAUGACGACCAUUUACGAGUUACGCUAUCUGUUUUUGUCGAUUACUAAUAAAAGUUAUGGAACAAUACCUCCAUUUUUGAUACACCUAGAUAGUGUUUCUUGGUUUAUGAUAGUACUUUUUGAUCUCACUGCGUUUACUUCCAGUGUUACUAGUACUUCUCGAGAGUUCAAAAAGACGGCACUUUAUAUUCAUUUGCUGUUAGAUCGAUGCACCAUGGAUUUGAUAACGGAAAAAACGUUGAUUGAAUUUUCACGAGAUCUAUUGCACAGAAAUGUUGAAUUCACCGCUUUUCAUAUUACUGUACUUGAUGGUUCUCUUCUGCAUUCAUUUUUUGGUACAAUAGUAACCUACUUGAUUAUUCUUACUCAAUUUCGUGUUCGAUGA